AUGGCUGCGGCUCACGGAAGCAAAGGAGCCUGCGGUCGGCCGAUGUUGAUUGUGUUAUUCAAUGGACUCGGCGACAUCCGCGCUGGGACCGGAGGCGUCAAGUUCAACAAGUCCUGGACGCGCCGUCCUAUCGUGUGCGGUGCUUCCCUCUACGUCGCAUUGACCUGGGCCUGGCUCUGGGAUUCGUGGAACGUGAACCCCAGCAGUCAUAUGUUGGAAGGGAAAACGGCUACGAACAAAGAGGAAGAGGAGGGCAAGAGAUGGAAAAGCAGGUAUCGUAUUAUUACGAGUCCAUGCCACCAUUUGCUGUGCCAUCCUCUCCGUGAUCCAUCCGCCGUGAACUCGGUGGCCAGCAGUCGAUUGGUCCACGGCCAGACUACGAAAGCAGCUUCCGAGUGCCACCUGGCAAUGUUGUGCUGCAAAUGGAGCAGACACCAGCCCUUUCUCGAACGAAGAGGACGGGCCUCAGAUCCAUGCACAGGUCGAUACGUUGAGCUAGCGAUCCCAAUGCUGGCCGAGAGUCAGCAGACCGGCGCUGUCGGGGGCUCUGGCCAGCUCUCUGCCCUGUACGGUGGGUGGGUGCAGAUGCCAGAGCGGCUCUGGGUGCAAAUCAUCGAUAUGCCCAAUGACUAA